GCUGCGCUUCCUAGUGCGGAACCAACUUGCGUGACGCAGUUUCAGACUGGACAUGAUUCCGGGUUGCACUGUUUAUUUUCCAGUUAGCUGCUUGCUCGCUGGGCUGUAGUAGUCAAUAUGUACUCCCACGGCUCAGAAAGUUUAAUUAAACAAGCACGGGGGAUCCAGGAGCCUGAGCUGCAGAAGUUUUACAGCAGAUUAAUCAAGCUGCUCCAGGGGAAAGAGCUCGGCCAUGAGACUAUUGACUCCUUGCAAAGGCUGCACCUCAUUCUCUCUGCUACAAAGUAUACCAGAACGUUGCCCGCAGACCUUCAAAACAGGCUUGUGUCGCUCCUCUCUUCACCUGUGGAGCAGCUUCAGGUGUUGAGCUCAGCUGUGCUCAGGGAGACGCUGUCCCCUGCUGGCCAGGAAGCCAACUACAACCAGGACAUUAGCAGUCAACUGAACUGCCACGCCGCUUCCCUCCUACUUGCUCAGGCUGGAUCCCAAGACAAUCUGUCAUCUCUUUGCGCUUUGCUCCUGCGCAGUCUGGAGAACCGACCAUCAGAUGGACCGAAUCACUCAGCCACGCGCACCCUGCCAAUUGUCAACACCAUCCUCACACACAGCCCUCAAUGCCUUACUGAAGAUCAGGUGACCCUCAUGAGUAAAAAGCUGGUCGAUUGGCUGCGAUAUGCAAGCACCACCCAAGGCAGCGGGGCUUCCUCAGGGGGAUUUUUCACAGGAUCCAGGUCACGACAGCCGCUGCCAAUCGCAGAGCUGGAUGGUACGGUGUCAGGAGAUUUCUUCACCGUGCUGUGUGUAGGUCAAGGUUUCACUGAAGACCAGUGGAUGAACGUCUACUCCUUUUCUGUGCUGCGCCAUUGGCUUCUCACCUUCCACUCUGUGUCUGGUGGCUCCAUACCGGACAUUGCAAACAGGUUACAGCUAAGUCUCUCCUUCUCUCAUUCCUUUUCAAAUGAUGAUAGGUCGGAGAUCGACGGAUCUGUGGUUUCCAUGGUUUCCGCCACUUCCUCCUCCAGCCGCUUGCUGCCUCCGAAGGAGCGUCUAAGAGAAAAGGCUUUCCAGUAUUGCCAGCGCCUCAUUGAACAGUGCGAUCGCAAGGCCCAGAAAAGGACAGAUACAGAUCUCCAGAAAGCUUGUCUGGUAGAGGCGGUGUGUAUCCUGGACUGCGUUUGUGUAGAGGAUGCCUCCAUGGUCUACCGAGCGUUCCCGUGCAUUAAAGCGCUCUUCGGUCGUCUCAGCUCAGACUUGUCAUUUGCCAGAGUCUUGCUGCCCGUAGCGCAGUUCUACCUUAAUCAUGGUGAAAUGGCUGCGGUAGACUGUGUGGCCAUGUGGAGACUGGUGUUUGGUCGCUUCCCCAACGAGCUCUUCAACGACCCAUUCCUGGCACACGAGCUUCUGCGUUUCCUCCGACUAAACCUAGAGAGUUUGCAGCUCCAUGUUCCCCAGUACACGCGACAUUUCCCAAACCUGCUCAAGUUCUUGGCGUGGGACAGCCCUGCAGUGGUUGACGACUUCGUUGAUCUUCUGCCCUCUCUGGUGACAUCUGGAACUGCUUUGGAGCUGCUGCACACUUUGCUGGACCUUCCCUGUCUCUCUGCUACUUUGCUUUUGCAGCUCAGAUCUAUGUGUCUGCCCAUUUCCGAAUCAGGAGGGCGCAGCCUCGCAACUAUGGAUGCAUUCCGGAAUCCGUCUUUCCGAGGCCUGUUCCUCUUUCUACUUCGAGGAGAAGCAGGUUCAGGUGACACAAUUGACCGACUUAGCACCCUUCUCGAGCUGCUGUCCGAGGCUGCUGAUUGGCCGAGAGUCGUUCAGUGUGCCCAGACUGUCCCUAUUUUGUUGCACAUUUUCUUCAACACCAUCAUUACGGUGGCUGAUAAAGCACUUUUAGGCCAAGUGAUCCUGGUCCUGCUGGAGAGAAGCAGCCUCCUUCUCAACAUCCCUAAGUACAUCGUAGAGAUACACAGGGUGUUCAGCCGCCAGCUGAUCAGGCUGUGUAAGGUUCACCCUACUCUGGUCAUGGACCAAUCCCACGAGCUGCUGGAUUUUGCAGGGGCCACUUCCAACGUAUACAGCAAAGAAGAAAUCUACACGCACGUGGUGUGGGCGCUCGGAGAGUAUCUGUCUGUGUCGUAUGACUCUCGUUGCUCCGUGAGGCUCAUCACUUCCUGUUUUGAGGCACUCGAAGCCGUGCUGUUUGAGAUCACGUCAUCUGCCCCGCCCCCAGGAACAGGCUGCCCCGCCCCUCGGGUCAUCACCACCCUAAUGAACGCCCUCGCUAAGCUGGCGUCACGAUCACAUGACUUGAUCCCCAGGGUGUCGCUCUUCCUCUCCAAGAUGAGAAACGUAUCCAGAAGUGGGUCCGUUUCCUGGUGCGUUGACGAAGAGGACCUUGUUUCCAUAGUAACUCUUGGGGAGGAGUUGUGGUCGCUGCUGAAGAUGCCCGGUGUGGCUCAGAGUGUCCUGAACCCGCCGCCGCACGUCACCACGCCCCAGUGGCACCGAGACACCAAUGUUGCCAUGCCAUUGCAACUGCGAACGCUCACCAGACUCACGCAGGCACACGCAUCACAUGCACUACUUACACCUGCUUCUCCAUCAGCACACACAAGCACAUAAUCUGGUUUUGGAAAUACAUGCCACCAAUUACAAAAGACACGCAUUAAUUACUGUAAUAUAUUAUCUCUUCUUUAUUCAUGUGAUUUAUCAGAAAUAAAAAUUUACAAAAUAGAUCUGAAAAAAGUACAGGUCUCCAGCACAGUCAAAAUACGGCCAGUAAGAAAAUAAGUUGUAUAACAUUUAAAAGAAAGUGCAUAGAGUUUUGAGCUAAACAUUUCAUACUCCAUGCAAAUUACAACUUCUCACGAACAUUACCUUGUCUUUUAAAUCACAAAAUGUUUUGUGAUAUGAAUGAUUAAUUAAAAUCACAACCUGCUCUUUUCUCAUUUUUACCAUAAUUGGAUUGCACUUGAUCUUCAUAAUUAAUUCACUGAUUUUAAUUACGUACUUCUUUCAGUCUUAUAGUUUUGUUCAAGCAACAAACUUGCUUGUAGGCCCAUCUGGCCAUUUUGAUAUGUUAUUCAGCAAUUCAAAAUGAGCUAAAGUUCAAAAUAUUGCUAUAUGUUUUGGCACAUUGUUAUUGGAAUGUAUACUGAUGGCUUAUUGAAAACGUAAUCUAUAAGGGGACCACUCUUUCAAGUCCCAUUUUGGAAAAAAAUAAUUUAUGAAAUAAAAAUCAGGUUUUCAGUAGCAAGGAAAUAAUUGGAAAAUUGCAAUAAAACUGUUAUUUCUAA